AAGGGAGAAUUCCAAAAAAAAUGGUUGGGAUAAGAAAUACAGAGAUUAAGAAGUUCUGUGUAUUUUUUAGUUAAUAUUUGAGAUUUGUAUUUUGAAAGCAACAUUGUUUUGAGAGACCAUGGUCGAUAAUUAUUCCGGAUUCGGACCCAGGAAGCCAAAAUGUUGCGGAUCUAAUGGAUCCGGACCCAUUGCACUGCUUUUAUUAUUUAAUAAGCUUUAUCAUUGCUCCUGAAACCUAGCUCAUGUUGAGAUAAUUUUUUCUCAUGUUUUUUCGUAUUAAAAUUUGAAAAUCACUCGUUGAAAUGCUUUAUGGCAUUAGACAACUGAGACAUUUUAAUUCUCAGAUCAGAACUUUUUAUUGGAUAGCGCAAACCUAUUCCGCCUAAACUUUCACAGCGGAAAUUUUUUUAUCUUAAGCAAUUAAGAGGUUAAUCUGCGAUUUUUUUACGCAAUAUAUAUUAUUGGCAGAGUGUUUUAUUGAGCUUUUGAUUUGAUCUGGACCUUAAGAGAACUCCUAAAAGUAGAACUUAAUCUCACUGACUCUCAAGAGAUUAACAAUAUUAAAGAUCCGACCUCUGCAUAAAAAUUCAAAUCCUAAUAUUUAAGUAGAUUUUCAAUAUUUACUCGGGGAUUCUUUUUCUAGAAAACCUUAAUCUUCCUUUUAUUAUUGUUGUAAAAUAAAUUCUGCCAUAUUAUUAAUUGUUUGUAUUUAUUUUCAUCUGUAUCUAACUCCACAAUAUGUUUAGGAAUGUAAACAUUGUUCAGAUUUCUAUGUCGCUGUAAAAAUGGGAGAAAUGUUUGGUUGGGACGGCGAGUCCCCGGGCCGGCUAGCUGCGCCGGUCAAAACUGUGGAGGAUAAAUGGAAGCUGGUUCCAGCCUUUCUCAAGGUGAAGGGAUUGGUUAAGCAGCAUAUAGACAGCUUUAACUACUUCGCUACUGAAGAUAUUCGGAAUAUUGUUCGGGUAAACGAGAAGAUUUAUAGUGAUGCCGACCCAAUGUUCUACUUGAAAUACCUGGAUAUUAGGGUUGGAGAACCGAAUGUAGAAGAGGGAUUCAAUAUUGUUCGUGCAACCUCCCCACACGACUGCAGAUUACGAGAUAUAACCUACUCUGCACCUAUCACAGUAGAUAUAGAGUACACUAGGGGACAACAGAGGGUUAUACGGAACAAUCUUACAAUAGGUCGAAUGCCGAUUAUGCUUCGGAGUUCGAACUGUGUUUUGGCGGGAAAAUCGGAAGCUGAACUCGCCAAGUUAAAUGAGUGCCCUCAUGACCCAGGCGGUUAUUUUGUAGUUCGAGGUCAGGAGAAGGUCAUCCUCAUUCAGGAACAGAUGAGUAGAAACAGAAUGAUCGUUGAGAUGGAUCGCACAGGAUCGAUUACCUGCCAGGUGACGAGUUCUACCCAUGGAACUAAAUCUCGAACCAACGUAACGACUAAGCAUGGACGAUACUACCUCAAGCAGAACCUUCUAGAGAAGGAUGUCCCUGUAGCAAUCAUAUUUAAGGGUAUGGGAGUAGUGAGUGACCAGGAGAUUGUUCAGAUGGUUGGAACUGAAGAUAAUAUUAUGACAAUGUUCUCAGCUAGCUUAGAGGAGUGUCACCGUGCCGGAGUAUUCACCCAGGAGCAGGCGCUCAAGUUUAUUGCCUCCAAAAUGAAGCAGAAGAAAUAUUUCGGAGGCUCGAAAAAGUCUCCGACAGAGGAUGCGCGGGAAAUGUUGGCAAAUACCGUUCUCGCGCAUGUUCCAAUCGUAAAUUUUAAUUUCAAGAUGAAGUCAAUGUACCUGGCUUUGAUGAUACGACGGGUAAUAGAGGCCGAGGGGGAUCCCGAGGCCAUUGAUGACAGAGACUAUUAUGGGAAUAAGAGGAUGGAACUUGCAGGUUAUUCAUUCAUUUAUUUAUUAAUCCUUCUUUCAUUUAAAAAAAAAAAANGGGAGCUCAAACAGAUUGCAGAUAAAAAUAUACCAAAGGUGAAAGCUGCCCAGUUUGAUAUCGUCAAACAUAUUCGACAAGAUAUGAUUACAGUAGGACUUGAGAAUGCUAUCUCUACUGGAAACUGGACGAUCAAAAGAUUUCGGAUGGAACGGCAAGGAGUAACUCAAGUUCUAUCCAGAUUAUCAUAUAUAUCUGCUCUAGGCAUGAUGACAAGAGUGAACUCUCAGUUUGAGAAGACGAGGAAGGUUAGUGGACCCAGAUCUCUUCAACCCAGCCAGUGGGGUAUGCUUUGUCCCAGUGAUACUCCUGAAGGGGAGAGUUGUGGUUUAGUCAAGAAUUUAGCUCUUAUGACACAUAUCACUACAGAGGUAGAGGAGGGUCCAGUUGUUCGUCUAGCUCUUAAUGCUGGAGUAGAAGAUCUCCAACUUUUAUCAGGUGAAGAGAUAUCUAACCCACGAAUAUUUACUGUAUUCUUGAAUGGAAACAUACUGGGGGUUACCAGCCACUACAGGAAGCUCAUUCGUACUUUUAGAUUACUGAGGCGGAACGGAAUAUUAAACAGUUUUGUAUCUAUCUAUCCUCAUCUCAAGACUAGGUGUGUUCAGAUCAGUUCAGAUGGAGGAAGACUCUGCAGACCGUACAUUAUUGUGAGAAGAGGGCGGUCACUUAUCCAGCAGUCUCAUAUACAGGACCUAGUUGCUGGCAAUCUUGUGUUCAAGGACCUGGUGAAGGGAGGGUUUCUGGAAUACCUGGAUGUGAAUGAGGAGAAUGAUAGUAAUAUUGCUCUGUAUGAAGCUGAUAUUGGACCCUCUACUACGCAUCUAGAGAUAGAACCCUUUACAUUACUAGGUAGGGAGGGGGUAUAUAGGACCCUCUACCAUUUAUCUAAAGAUAGAACUAUUCACAUAACUAGGGAGGGAGGGAGGGGGGAUAUAGGACCCUUUACCCUUCAUCUUGAGAAAACACUUCAAAUUACUAG